AUGACGAUUCACUUCGUCCCGGGCGACCCCAACCCCUCGCCUGACUGUCUGCACCAGGUAGUUUGGCGCAAAACACACAUCGUAGCAUAUUCUUCGGGUAAUAACUUGAUUAUCUAUACCGUCACCAAAAACCAACCGCAAAACAUCCAAACAGUGACAUUGGAAAAAGACGUGGUGUCUGUUGUGAUAAACGAGACCAACGGAUUAAUCUGUGCUUCCAUUGGCUCUCAGAUCGCUGUUUUUGGCCUAGUUGAUGAGUAUUCUUCUGUUCUCAGAUGGACAGAGAAAGUUCGCCUUGAUAAUGAUGAUUCGGCCGUCAAUUGUCUACAGUGGGCCUUAGAGGAGGACGAAUUGGUUGUAGGAUCCCAGAAUUCCCUUUCUUUGUAUCAUUUAUGGAUAGAAUACGGCGAUAUAAAGUGGACCAGACGCUGGACCAAGAACCAGCCCAGUGCGGUCGAGACGGUUGCUAUUACCAAUGAUGGAAGCAAAAUAGUGACAUACUGUAACUCUAAUUUCGACAGCUUUGCAAAGGUGUGGCUCCGCAUCGCUUAUGGUGAUGAGUCUACUCUUUUCGACCUAGUAUAUGCUGACCACGAAGCAUCCUCAUACAUUGUAGAUUUGCAAUGGCGAAAGAAGGCACGCCAGCAUGAGGAAGAAAAUAACGCCGACGCCUUGGCUCUGAUGCUACAUAUUAAGAACAUGCGUACGGUGAUGACCAAGCUUCCUAAUGACGACAAUGAUAUUCUUUACACGGUCACCAACGAUCACAAAUUACAUGUUUGGGCUACCUGCGAGUUUAAUGGCCAUAGCUACUUAAAGCAGUGGCACUCUCAGGACCUCCAGAGCCUAGUUUCGGGGAAUUACAUGGCCUCAAUCAUAAUCGAAAGUGCCUAUGUGAGCGAGCUACUAGCGGCUUCUACAUACAAAGGAACAGAAAUCGAGUCUUCUUUCCUUCAAAAUAACGAUCUCGGCAAAUUUGACCUCCUAAUAGUCGCUGGAAAAACUAUGUCGAGCUUAUACUCUAUACUGAACAUAUCAACGAAUCCGCCUAGCUCAAUUGAGUUCGAACAGAUUUGCACUUUUGAUACAGAUUUACGAUGCAUUCCGCACUAUCGAGCCAAGAUUUUAUCUUGCGAUGAGGAUACACCACUCUACGAGUUCAGAAAACGUCAAAAUCCAAUCGGCAACGGCAGUCUUGUGGUGCUCCCUUCGGCCACAGAUCUUGCCUUUCUCAUGCAUGACAAGGUGAAGAACAACAUUCGUUGCAUAAAGGUAAAUCUCGAUUCUACAUUUCUGGAGAAACCCAAUGUGAAGCUCCUGCUCCUCGAAAAAUUCCAGGGUCAUUCCAAACCAGUACGCAAACUCAUUGCCUCAUCUUCCUCACACGAAAAUAACAUCAUGCUUUCAAUUCUGGACUUUCCAGAGUACAACUACAUCUGGGAGCCAUUGCAUUUGGACUACUAUAACAAGUCAAUGUCCAUCACGAAAAGAUUCCGUCUCAAUGUAUCCCGACCCGAUUCAGAUCCUCAGGGCGUCGUUGACGCUGUAAUUAUAAACGAUAUCACGCCGCCCUCAAAGAACCUUCGUCAUCAUUUGAUCGCAGCCGUCGAAAAGACUGGAUAUUUGAGUAUUUGGGACUGUGAUGGUGUGACAAUGGACGACAACGAUGUGAAAUUGAUCGAGCGACUUCGAAUCAACGACAAGUCCGGCAACAAUAGAACCGAUGAUCCAAGUACGUUACUUCUACAGAAAACAGGUGAGCUGGUGUACGUGGUGGUGGCCGUCUAUGGACCCUCAGAUCAUUGUGCUUGGAGAUUGAAUGUAGAUGGCAGUAACACUAGUUGUCAGACUAUUGAGUCUCAACCCUUCCCUGGUGAAUAUUCGUCAAACCUCAAGAUAUCUACUGUCGAUACAUUCCUUGAGAAAGACGUAUCUGUGAUUGAUGAAGAUGGCCGCUUGUCACUCUUGUCUGGUUCAUUUGAUUCGAAGAACAACACAAUGUCAUGGUCUAAAAUUGCCAAGUUUCCGACCUCAGUAAAAAAUGCGCAAUACAUCAGAGGAGCUUCUCUCAUCAAUAAGGUUGCCAUUGUGGACCAAACGGGAAGCUCGUUGUCUAUCUGGGAUACCAAGUUCUCCAAUCUUGAAUUCGAAGAAAAGUUCCCCGAAAGCCACGGUCCCAUAAAAGAUAUCGACUGGACUUUCAUCAGCUCCAAGGGUUAUGCAGCCAACGCGCUUCUUUCCGUUGGCUUCCGCGACUUUGUCUACAUCUACGCCCAGUUGCGUUACGACUACACCAAUAAAGUACCUACUUUUGCAGUGUUAAAGAAAAUUGACAUUUCGCAUUUCUCAACCAUCCCAGUUGCCGAUCUGAUCUGGCUCGAUGACUCCAAUCUCAUUAUAGGCAGCGGAAACCAAUUCUUUGUUGACGAUAAAUUCGUGGAAUUAGGCGAGAACAACCAUGGUGUGCUUACGACCGGUGCAAUUGACUCAACAGUAAGACAGCUUUUGCCAGUGAACCAAUCUCAAGAUGCAAUUUAUGAGGUUUCAGAUCUAGUCAAAGUCUUGAAUGGUCCAAUUCCAGUGUAUCAUCCCCAGUUCCUCAUACAAGCUUUAUUGAAUGAUGAAAUUGAUGCAGUGGAAGCAGUUCUAGUACGUAUGCUCCAAUUUCUCCGUGGAAGCGACGACAUACCAUGGGAUCUUAAAAUUGAUUUCAAAGAUCUUGCUGGCUCUGAGAGUACCCCAGCGUCGCGAAGAAGAAGCUCAAUCAUUAGCGGCUUGGAACGAAAUGGCAAUAUUUUCGAUGCAUUCAAUACGCAUACAGCGGAUCUUCUUACUGAAAAACUAGCAACCACAUCGAUGCCAUUACUCACAAGGCACCAACAAGGAACUCUCCGCAACAUCGUAGUGAUUCUUAACAAAUUGAAACCCCAGAGAGCAUCCUUGGAUGAAGAUGGCUUCAAGUUUUUGUUCAGUUUUGAGUUGCUCAGAGCUUCCAAAAAGCAAAAGAGAUUGUCGAUUCGUGACAUAAGUUGGGCAUUACACAGUGACCAAAAGGAAGUUCUUUUCUCUGCUGUAAAGCAUGCGUACAAGCGGAUGGAUUGGGAGGUUGUGAAAAAGUGCGGUUUGGUAUACUGGCUAGACGAGAUCAAGCUCAAGGAGUUGGUUGAGAGCGUCGCCAAAUGCGAGUUUGCGGACGAAAGAGAUGCGUCUGGACGUGUCUCUGUCCUAUACUUGGCAAUAAAAAAGAAACAACUUCUCAUUGGAUUAUGGAAAACCACUUCACACACAGAGAAAGACAAGGUCCUCAAGUUCUUGAGCAACAAUUUCGCAGAACCGCGAUGGCAAUCUGCAGCAUUGAAAAAUGCCUUCGUAUUGCUAGGAAAACAUAGGUAUCUCGAUGCCGCCUAUUUCUUUUUGCUUGCUGGCAAAGUGAAAGAUUGUUGUCUCACGUUAUGCAGCAAAUUGGACGAGAUAGAAUUGGCACUUGCAGUCGCAAAAGUGAAUUCAGACAAAGAAGCCACAAUGCUGAUUAUUGAGCGCUUUAUUUUGCCUCUGGCGGUCGCCAAAGGUGACCGUUGGUACACCAGUUGGGUAUUCUGGGAGCUUGGAAUGGCAGAGAUAGCUAUUCAAGCACUUGUGAAGUCGCCCCGGAGGGUUGUCAAUCAAAACGCAAGCCAAUUUCUGGACGCUUUCCAAAAAGAAAUGAAAAAGGCGCUGCUUGAUGCGCACAGCCGGAGUUUCCUUCGUGAUGAUCCAGUGCUUGCCACAUUGUACGAGAAGUUGCGUGGAACCAGAGAGAGUUACUACAAAGGUUCCAAAGCGGUUCUGCCCGAGGAAGAGUUUGAUUUUGUUGUCCGAGUCGCAAGCAUCUAUGCUCGCAUGGGAUGUGACUAUCUUGCCUUGAUGUUUUUGCGAAACUGGAAGUUCGCAGCCAGGCAAACGAAGAAGAAUAUAGAACCCACGCCUGAAGCCAAGGACAUUUUCCUGGAUUUUAAGAUGGACCUGUUUGGAGGUGGAAAUGGGAACGGCUUUUCGGAGCAAAAAGAGGCUACUCCGACUACGUUCGUGGAACCAGACAUGAGCUCAUUUUCAUUUGGAUUUUAG